AUGGCGGCCCAACGAAUUUUGGUGGUGGGCGGCAACGGCUUUGUGGGUUCCGCGGUAUGCAAGCAGGCGAUUCUACGUGGAUGGGACGUGCUGAGUAUCAGCUCGAGCGGCCGCCCUUUUCGUACGCCCAAGGGCCACGCCCCGGACUGGACGCAGUCCAAGCAGAUGGAGUGGCACAAGGCGGAUGCGUUCCAGCCGAGCGACUACCGUGACCUGAUCGCCGGAUGCACCGGCGUGGUGCACACGAUGGGCAUUCUGCUCGAGUCGCAGUACAAAGGCUCUGACGGCUCGCUCGCGGGCAUUGUCCAAGGCCUCGCCAAGGGCUGGGGCUUUGGCAGCCAAGGCAACCCCCUCAAGGAGGACGCGGUGACGUACGAAAAGAUGAACCGCGACUCGGCGCUUGCGGUCGCCUCGACCUAUGCCGAGACGCAGCGGGCCAAGCACAACUGCGAGAUGCCGUUUGUCUAUCUGUCCGCCGCCGACAUUAUGCGCCCCCUCAUUUCCCCGCGCUACAUCUCAACGAAGCGCGAGGCAGAGAUCGGCAUCGCCAAAAUCGCCGAGCAGGAGCAGCCGCCGACGCUGCGCUCCGUCUGCCUGCGCCCCGGCCUGAUGUACCACCCCCACACGCGCCCGUGGUCUACGGUGCCUGCCACUCUACUGGACGCGUCCCACUACUUGCACAAGCAGCACAAGAAGUGGAAGGUGCCCGUGCCGUCGCCCGCCGACGUGCUGUCGAGCAAAGCGACGCCCGAGGCGCUCCGCCCAAUGUCGGCUGCGCUCACGACGCCUCCCCUCCACGUCGACACCGUCGCACAGGCGGUCUGUGAAGCGAUCGACCUCGAUAGUGUGCGCGGCGCGCUCGACGUGGAUACCAUCCGCCAACUGGCCGGCUGGCCGGGCGGCCUGGACGAUUAG